AUGGAAGAAGCAAUACCAGUCCAGGACCCACCAACCCAAGACCCGAACCCAAACCCACUAGCUACAAACCCAACUCCCCUUUCACAACCACCACAAGUAACGGUAAAUGCUACACCACCACCACCGGCAACCGUUGUUUUAGCAUCGCCUUCACCUUCACAACAACCACCGCCGCCACCCCCUCUAGCAGCUGCUUCUCUUCCUCCCAAAGGCAAAAAGAAAGCGCUUGAUGGUUAUGUCCAAAUCCAAUACUGCAGCUACUUCAAGAUGCGUGUUGUUCUCAAAGAUAUUCGUUCCCAUUUACUCGAGUUACACUUAAUAAUCCAUUUCCACUUUUUGACUCCUAAGGAGCAGAUUCAGGAAGUUAAGCCAGCAGAUCAGCCUCAAUCAAACCGAGUUCUUGCAAAACCAUAUAAAAGUAAGGAGGCUAUAGAUCUUAAGGAGCAAUCAUGCUGCAUAGGUGGAUUUGCUUUUUGCUGGAAUUUUAUAACCUUUUUAGGCACUAAACCAGUCUACUAUGGGAGAACAAAGGAAUCAUUUUGGGCUACUUAAGUGGCCUUGUAGGGAAUGAAGGUUCUCUAUUAUUGUUAGUUAAAGGAAAAUAAUAAUAGAAUGCUUUUGUCA